AUGCCAUUCUACCUAGCUGGACUACGCAGUUUGAUAUCCGCUAACAAGCACAAUAGCGCCCUGGAGAUCACCUCGGCCGAGUCAUACAAUGUGUACGCACUCUCAGAAUUCAAAGCGCUUUCCAUGCAAAGCAGUGCGGAAGUCACCGAUUCGAUCAUCGCCGCCGUCUCAAAAUUGCCUGUCGCCAAGGUCUCCGAGGCAAUUGGCCCCAUGGAGACUUACUGUAUCCUCGCUAUAAUGUACAUCAUCUCCUCCCUCCUGCGGUUCGAAGCGCAAUCACUGGAACUCUUUGCCGUGGGGGCUCUGGUUGCAAUGCUCGCGCAUGCUGGUACGGCCAUUAUGAACCUCAUCAUGAUCUCCAGCCUCACCUCGGCACGGAUACGAGGCUUGGCAAUGAAUGCCUUCUUCCUACCAAUGCUUAUCACGCCGUUGCUCGCGGGCGUGGUCGUGGAAAAGGUCGUAGCAGGGCCUGGCUGGCGGUUGGGCUUUGGUCUAUUUGCCUUCGUCAUGCCUUUAGGGGCCGCAGGCCUCAUUGUGUCGCUUUAUCAUCUGCAACACAAAGCGCGAUUCGAGAAGCCGUCGAAAAACAAGGGAGAAAUCCAUCUUGCUGGCGUCUCCUCUCAGGUGGAUGCAGGUGGCUUGAUCUUGCUUUCUGGUGGCCUUGCUCUUUUUCUGCUUCCUAUCACCGUAUACUCGAAGACCACAGACGGCGAUACUUGGAUGACGGCACGGAGCCUGCUUCCCAUGGUCCUUGGACUUAUCCUUCUCGCCUGUGUGAUACCCUGGGAGCGAUACAUGGCCACGCAACCUGCUAUUCCUCUUCACUACUUCCACACACGGGGGAUUGCAGCACCACUCGUCAUGGUUCUCUGCGAAUCCAUGGCUUUCUCGAGUGCACAUGUCUAUCUGAUCCCAUUUGCCGUUGCUGCGCGCGGAUUCGAUGCCGGAUCUGGCGUGUAUCUCAGCCAAACCUGUACCGUCACUCAAAUCAUCACAGGAAUCAUCGUCGGCGUGGCCAUGUACCGACUGCGUCGCUACAGGAGUUUCGCGACCAUCGGCGGAAUGAUCCGCGUAAUUGGAAAUGGGCUCAUGAUUCGAUUGCGAAGCAGCUCUUCUUCUGAUGCUGAGCUGUUCUUGGCCGAAGUUCUCCAAGGCCUGGGUCGGGGCAUGAUAGACCCGGCCAUCUUUCUGUCAGCCCAGGUCAUGGUUCCAGCAGCAGAGCUCGGCCAAGUCACGGCACUCAUAGCAAUGAUGCAGCACUUGGGCGGGGCCUUGGGUGCUGCAAUCGCUGGGGGCAUAUAUGCGAGCAACAUGAAAUCGCGCCUCCGCUUCCAUUUGCGCAAUGAGCCCAGCCAAUCUGUCAUUGAUGAUAUUUAUUCUUCAUUGACUGGCGGUCUGCCUGGAUGGGGCACGCCUGAGCGUUGGGCUGUACGAAGAGCAUAUUCGGAUAUCAUGGGUUACAUCACAGUUCUUGGUCUAGGACUGUCCAUCGCAGUCGCAGGUUUCGCCUUUCUAAUGCCAGACAAGCGACUUGUUGAUGGGCACGAUCUUGCCGCGGCGCUUGAGGCACACGACGAUGAAUCGAACAUAAGGUUGUCGGGGGACUCCACUUCGGCGAUAUAG